CAAAAAAUUAAAAAGAAAAGGAGAUCCAGGGUUCCGGUCUUUGAAAGCAAAGUACGACACUUUCGUGGCCGUCGUCGACAAAACUUUCCCACGUAGCCCAUCGUCGUUUCGGCAACUAGACCCUUUCUUUUUCAGCUCAAAUGGAGUCUCCUGCAGAUCCUGGGCCAAUUGAUAAUUCUGUACUUAAUGAUCAAGAUAACCAUGUCUCUUCAGCAGUUUGGGAUGGACAGGAGAGGGGAGUACUGAGAUGUCACGAACACACUUCACUACUUGACCAAUGGAAGCUCACUCCCAAACAAAUUGAGUUGGUUGAGAAGGCAGGAUUUCGGUACUUGCGAAUGAUUCCAGCAAUUAAUUUCGACAGUGCACUCAUUGCAGCACUAGUUGAGAGGUGGAGGAGGGAAACAAAUACAUUUCACUUGCCGGUCGGAGAAAUGGCAAUAACCCUUGAAGAUGUAGCACUCUUGCUAGGACUCGCAAUCGAUGGAGAGCCUGUUAUAGGUGUAACAAACAGCACACCCAGCUUGUUGUGUGAGAAAUUACUAGGAAGAGUACCAGAGGACCUAACUGGUGGAAUGGUGAAGCUUACCUGGUUGAAGGAGUUCUUUUCUCAAUGCCCUAAAGAUGCAUCAAGUGAAGAGAUUGUGCACCGAACUCGCGCUUACCUUCUAUACCUAGUAGGCAGUACAAUAUUUUCCACCACAACUGGGAACAAAGUCCCUGUUAUGUACCUGUCCUUGUUUGAGGAUUUUGACAAGGCAGGAGAGUUUGCAUGGGGUGCAGCAGCAUUAGCAUUCCUAUAUAGAGCACUCGGAAAUGCUUCACUUAAAACUCAAAGCACCAUUAGUGGCUCUUUGACUCUAUUGCAGUGUUGGAGUUAUUAUCGGCUGAAUGUCGGUCGACCGAGGCUCAAUCAGGAGCCAAACCAAGGUUGCUUCCCAUUGGUGCUUUGGUGGAAAGGAAAACAAAGUGGUUCACGAAUGAGGUGUGGUAUAGUUUCCUAUCGCAAGGCCUUGGAUUCUCUUAAACCUAGCGAUGUAGAAUGGCUUCCUUACAAAGAUAUUGACCGUACAGAAAUACCAGAAGAUAUUCAAAAUUCAUUAACCUUGCGGUCGUCAAAGACUAUGCUCAUAUGCUUUGAGAAGGCAGAGAGGCAUCUCCCAGACCGUUGCCUUAGGCAAUUUGGCAUGCUUCAAGGAAUCCCAAAGGAUGUUCAGCGAUGGGAGAGAAAGAGCCGUGCAUAUGAUCAUGGGGUUGACAUCUUGGGGAAAAUGCAAUCUGAGCUUGAUGAGUGGUCGAUGCGUCGACUUCAUAUUGUGGAAGGUGAUGAUGAUGAUGUGGAGGAAGGGGAGUACAUGCAGUGGUACCAGAAAAUUACUCGUAAAUUUGUAGGGCGGCUUACUUCUGUUGAGACUGAAUUUAAGGGCAAAGUUGAAGCUUUGAAUGAAAUUGCAAACAUGCUAGAUGGGUUUUCAGAAGAUGGGAUGGAUUCCCGGGAUAGGAAUUUACUCGAUGAGGUCAAGGAUAUUGUACACAAAUAUUUGAUAGAUGAAGUUGAAGAUUCACAGAAGAAAAUUGGAACAAAGAGUACCAAGAAACGAAAACGAAAGGAUGUUGCCAUGUUAGAUUUGAAGAUGCAGUGAUCAUUGUGGAGGUAGCUCUAGUUAUUGAGAUGAAAGUACAAGAGUUUUUUUUUUUUUUUUUGGCUGAAUUGCAAAGCAGUCAAGGUGUGCUUUCUGCUCAUCAGGAAAGCACUGUCACUGCUUCCUGUAGGAAGGAGUGUUCAGAUUAUAGACUCCUUGUAUGUAGAUGAUGUAAAAAAUCCUAGAUUUCAGAUGUUAUGUACAACCUUAGUCCUGAAAAUAUAGUUUCAUCUGAACAAA